GAGAAGACUCGGGAACAGAAGGAAGUAGAUCUUAUUCCUAAAGUGCAGGAGGCUGUGAACUAUGGUUUACAAGUAUUGGACAGUGCAUUCGAGCAGCUCGAUAUAAAAGCAGGAAACUCAGACUCUGAAGAAGAUGAUGCUAAUGAGCGUGUGGAACUGAUCCUUGAACCGAAGGACCUGUACAUCGACCGUCCCUUACCAUAUCUGAUUGGAUCCAAGCUGUUCAUGGAGCAGGAAGAUGUGGGUCUUGGAGAGCUGUCCAGUGAAGGUACUGUUCUUCACCAAAUAUUUUGGGACUUUUAA